CCAGUAUUUCAUAACACAAACUGAGCAUUCUUCAGUAUUUCAGGACUGUUUUUCCUACCUAAAUUAAAUGUAAAUUGCCUCUGCCUGUUGCACAUGGUUGGAUUAACAAGCUGGAUUUUUAUGACUGACACAAGUACAAGAUUGAGGAGAACCUUUUUUUACUGCGUGAAUGUGACAAACUUAUCAACCUGCUUUAAAAAUGUCUAACAGCACCAUAAACCUGGCGUGCAACAAGAGUGACGACUUCAAGUACCCUCUGUAUAGCUCGGUUUUCAGCCUGGUGUUUGUGGUUGGAUUCCUCUUCAACAUGGUGGCUGUGUACAUUUUUGGCUGUACGCUGAAGAUGCGGAACGAGACCACGACAUACAUGAUAAACCUUGUGGUUUCAGACUCGCUCUUCGUCCUGAGCCUGCCUUUUCGGAUUGUUUACUUCAUCAGUCGCGACUGGAUGUUUGGAAGCGUGCUCUGCAAGAUCUCCGUGGCCCUGUUCUACACCAACAUGUACGGCAGCAUCCUCUUCCUCACCUGCAUCAGCGUGGACCGCUUCCUGGCCAUCGUUUACCCGUUCAGGUCCCAAGCAAUUCGUACCAAGAGGAAUGCCAAACUGGCCUGCUGCACGGUGUGGGUGAUGGUUCUUUGCGGGAGUGUACCCACUGGGUUCCUUUUGGACACCACUUCAGACCUCAACCAAAACUCCUCCACAAAUUACUGCUUUGAAAACUACUCCAGAAAGCAGUGGAGGGCUGAGCUCUCCAAGGUGGUGGUGUUUAUUGAGACUGUUGGCUUCAUCAUCCCAUUGAUGCUCAAUGUCUUCUGCUCGAUCAUGGUGUUACGGACGCUGAGGAGACCCCAGACCAUCAGCCGUGGUGGGAACCUCAACAAGACUAAAAUCUUGAGGAUGAUCAUCGUGCAUCUGUUCAUCUUCUGCUUCUGUUUCAUUCCCUACAAUGUUAACCUCAUGUUCUACGCCAUGGUCCGCUCCAACAUCCUGAAGGGAUGCGACGCAGAAGAUGUGGUCAGAACCAUCUACCCCAUUGCUCUGUGCUUAGCGGUGACCAACUGCUGUUUUGAUCCAGUCAUUUACUACUUCACCUCGGAGACCAUUCAGAGCUCCAUCAAACGCAAGUCCACAGUAUGGCACAAUGGUGCCAAGCUGUUCGACAGGCUACAGAUGAACAGCACGCAAAGCAGUCCAAAUACAACACCCAAAAGCCUGACCCUGCGGCCUCUGACAUCCAAAGUGUUUGAAAAUGAGUCUACGAUCUAAUGGCAGCUCUAUUAUGGGAAAUGAUUAAUAAUUCAGCGAUUGCUUGCGAUUUGAAUUUGAGGACGUAGGUGGAAGCAGAGUGGCUUUAAAGAUCAUAACAACACAUAAACACAAUGGUUGCUAAGGAGUCACUCUCAUCUACUGGGCAACACAGAGACUUUAGACUGGGACACUGAUCCCUAAUCAGUCAAUAGAAGAGUGGAGCAAGUCAAAGAGGGAACCAUAUUAAAGUGUGUUGCUGCAUAAAGACCCUUUAUCAGGCUGCCAAUUCACAACACACAAGUUAGAAAACUCCUCAUUCUUGUGAGUUAUGAGUUUAUGAUGUGUAUUAGUGGCAAUGGCAGGUGUAUAAGCCGUGGCGCUGCAAAUUAUGAUCAGCUUUUGCACAAAAGACAUUGUACGUGUUGAACCAGUAUUACAACUCUUUAUGUACUGUACAGUUUCUAUGUAGCCUAGUUGUGGCCUAACUGCGGCACUUUAUAGAGCAGCAUGUUCUAUAGCAGCCUUUACCCAUUAUACUGAAAGCAAAUAAAAGUGUUAUUAACUUAAAAAAAGGUUUUGAGUUUGAAAUUCACUACUUGUUUGAUAAAUUCUGUGUUGUGAAAUAUUUGAAAUUAGCAGGGUAUCCGUAUGCAACUCUCUUUGGGUGCUAACAAAUUAUUUGUCUAGACUGAUUAGUCAUACAUGUACCAACAACACAGCUACAGGUAGUGUUGUUGGCCAGUGCCAUGAGUGCACAAUGAGUCAAUACAUUUAACAGAUUACAGAUGUGGUCAAUAUUUGACAGAUGCAUUGCACCGGCCAACACUGCACUAACACUGCCAAUGGCCUUAUCUACAUAAGUGUUCAUUUCUGUAGGAAAUGUUAAAAAAACAACGAAUUUCAGACUAAAUUUUGCAAGUUACUGAAGUUUGCUGAGAAUAAUUUUUAAAAGAUCCAAGCCAGACUACGUGACUACAUGUCUGUUUCCUAUGAACUCAUAUGUAAGGGGAAAACACAGCUCACAGUGUAAAUGGAAUAUGCUGCAGCUUGAUUUUGUUCAUUCCUGUAAAAGGUAGAUAUGUGCUGCAAGACCGAGCGCUGCUGCAUUCCUGUUGAGAGGUUUAGCCCGAGGGUUUGCACUGACGAGGGCAGACUCACAGACACCGCCACGCUUGAUUGUGAAACAUAAGCAGGCGACAACAUGCCGCCCGAUGGAGAAGUACGUUUACAAAAUAGAGCACGGUGGUGGCUGCUGCGGGCUUGAGACAGAUCCGGUGAAUGAUGCAGAAUGUAAACUUAAAACUGGCACCCUUGAGACAAAUAAAACAAUUAGGCGUUCCUAAAGUUUUGAUUUGCAUGUUUGGGCUCCUUACACCACAACAUGUUAUAACACAUAAGCUAACACUCAAGAUGCAGCUGGACUUUCUCCACCCAACACAAAUUAAAUAUUUGCACUGGAUUAAUGGUUUUGAGCAGAAAACAUCAUUCUGACUCAAAGCUGACAUGAUAAUCACACAAUCUUGUAAUAUUUAUGAUAGGGCUGUCAAUCGAUUAAAAUAUUUAAUAGCAUGAUUGUCCAUACUUAAUCGUGAUUAAUC